GUGAGAGAAGGGGAUGUCUUCGAGACUGCCUAUUUAAUUGAGCUUCCACCAACUGUUGUGACUGAUGCUGAAGGACUGACACCCUUUUGGCAAUGGCGAUAUCAGACAAACCAAAGAAGGGAUCAACCAGUGACUUUCCCAGUGGAUUUGAUCGCUGGUUAGCAUUACAAAAUGUCAGCGACAAGAUCAUUAGGAGAGCGACUAUACUUAAUGCUAUGGAGAAAAUACGUCUUGAAAGAGCGACACGACAAAUUGACUUCAAAAUACAACUGAGUGAAAAUCACUACGAAACUGUUAACCAAAGACUUAAAGGCACUCUUAAAGAUAACGAUUUGUACAAAAGAGCCUUAAUGAGAAAUGGUUCAUCCCUUCCCGGUAAUCGACUAGUCCCAGCGACUGCAGAUAUGAAGCCUUUUGGACGAUACCAUGGCAGUUAUUAUUCAUUAAUGGGGAAGGCCAUGCAGAAAGAGGAGCAGCAAAUCGAACAGAGAAAACUACGCAAGCGCAACAAGCUCCUGGAAAAAGCAAAAUAUGAAAGCGAGACUAUGAUUGAUCCAAAACUGACUACAGAGCAACUUUUGUCCAAUAAGGGAAAGCCUCUUUCGGAGCGAUUCAAGCGAACUGCAGCUAUGCGUGUUGGUACACUGAGAGCACAGACCAAUGCGGUCAAUGCUUUUAUGAAAAUUAAACAUGAUAUGACAAGUCGAAAGGAAGAAAAGAAACAUGGGAAAAGUAAAUUAUUCAAAGGUGUAUUUCAAACAGAAUGA